UAAUUUAACAAUAAAAUUAAUAUAUAAGUCAAAAUUGCAACCGAACAAAUUAGAACUUUGUUAUAAAUCGCGGAAAAUGCCAACUUCCACUACGGAAGAUGAUUAUGUGUUUCUCAAAAAUAUAGAGGGAGAUCAAGUACGUGUACCUUUGUAUACAUUCAGAAAUUCUUCAUACGUAUUUAUGAGAAAUUUUUUAAUCGAUCCUCUCCUAAAACCUUUUGUUAUAUAUUUACCAGCCUCAAGCCACGUAUUAUUAGCAUUAAAAAGCUUUUUAUCAUGGAAAGACAUGUCAUUUGCGUCGGUAGCAGUUGCGAUGGAAACGUAUCGGUUUAGCAAUGUCUACGAUAUGUUCGAUCUUAAGGAAGUUUGUACAAAUUACAUCAGGUCAAAAAUAAGUCUUCAAUAUGUAUGUUCAAUCCAUGAUUUUGCGUGUGAACAGAACGACAGACUUUUACAAUACGAAUGCUGGAUAUUUUUCGAUCGCCAUUCGGAUGAAAUAUUUCAUACUCAAGAUUUCUUGCAAUCCAAAGAAACAACAGUUAUGAGAUUCCUCUCGCGUCCUAUAUAUGAUUCAUUAAAUGAAGUAAGACUGUUUGAAGCCUCUUAUAGUUGGGUGAAAAAUAGAGUUACGAGAGAGUUUCCUGACUUAAAAAAUAGAGAAUUGGAAGAAAAAAUUCGUACAGAAAUGCGACCGUUUCUUUCGAAAAUUAGGUUUCGUGCCAUGACAAUAGAUGAGGCAGAGACUUAUGUUUUCACUAAACACGUCUUGACAGAAAUGGAAGUAAAUUCUAUUCGAAGUUGUCUCCAGAAUCACACUUUCUACAACUACCCAGAGUACUUUUGCCCAUAUAUAAACGCAAGAAAUAAAAAAAUGUAUGAUGCGUUGUUUACGUAUCAAAACCAGCUUAAUCUUCUCAAAGAAUUAGAAACCACAAUUAAAAUCGAUGUAAACACCCGGUUCAAAUGCGAAAUAUUUGUGAGAGAAGAUUGUUAUAUUACAAAUUUCACGCUUCCAAUAACAUUUGAUUAUCCAGAAAGAAAAAGAGUAAAACUAAUUGGCCAUUCGAUAUCACAGCAAAAUAACAUUUUUUCUACAACUUUGGACUGUAGCUCUCACGGAAACGUCAGUUUACCAGAACCGAUAUUUCUAACAAAGAAUUCAACUAGUUAUCUAGAACUCGAAUUUUUAUACCCUAAUAACGUACAUAUUACACAGCCUUUCAGUUAUUUCUACAUCACAAACAAUAGCGACAUUCAACCAGAAAACAUCGAACCUUUUAAUAAUUACUACCUUGAAGUUGUUCUUUACUUCUAAAAAUUGUAAACUGCAUUCACAAAAUUUUAACAAAAACGAAAAUUAAAAUAAAAUUUUAUUAAAUACUUU